UCCGCUGAGUGUUGCUUGGAGAUGCGUAACAGUUCUGCUGUAAAGAAUUUAGUAAAUCUUUCUUCGUCAAGAUUCAAAAACAGACAAUAUUGAUAUACUUUUUAUUGCUUCCAGUAUUUUACAUUAACCAACAUUUUAUUAUAGCCUAGUAAAACUGAUUCACAUUAUUUUUCUAUAACGUUAAUUAAAUUAUAUAUAAAAUUCCAUUUAUUCAGAUAGUAUAUGUCACUAAAUAAUCCUAACUUUUAUAGUAAUAAUCUUGUGUCAAUACUGUUAUCCUCAAACAUGUGACAGGGUACGGUAGUGUUUAAAGGAGCUAAAAUUAUAAUUAUAUAUUUUUUAAGCUGUCGUUACCUUCAUCCAUUAUUUUAAACGGGUUCUUAUGGGUCCGUGUGAAUCAGCCUGUAGAUGGCGCUGUAGAAUGCUGUAUAAUUGUUUCCAUAAAUGACAGAAUCACGUGGGAAAAACAUAUUUCAUUACCAUAAGGAAGUAAAACGACAAAGAGUUCCUUAAGUGUCUUUGAUAUGGCAUAGAUCGCACUGUUGUUUCAGAGCAUUCAUAUCUUUAACUUUAAGUAAAAGAAACUUCUCAACCGUGCGAAAUGAAAAGAUGCACUUCCGUGUUUAUUGCUUUAAUAUAUAUUUUAAUGGAUGUCUCGAGCAAAUGUCAUAGCAGGAGAAGCUUUGCAUUUACAAAGUUCAGAGGCUUUUCCUGGGAAACCUGUGGAAAGCCAGACGACCCAACUUAUGUGAAGGCUCUUCAUGUGUAUCCAAACCCAAUUCCUUCACCGGGAUAUGUGAUAGCAUCUGCAUCUGCCUCCACAUCGGUGCACCUGCGCUCUCCCUUCAGUGUUAACUUGACACUGGAAAGAGAAGUUGCUGGUGUAUGGAUAAAAGUGCCUUGUGUUGAUGACUUGGGAAGUUGUUAUUAUCCUGAUGCCUGUGUGCAGCUGGCCCAGCUCUUUAUGUUCUGUCCUGAACCUAAACGUUCAUCUAGCGUCCCCUGUGGAUGUCCGUUCAGAGCUGGGGACUACUAUUGGCCAUCAUCUGGAAUUUACAUCCCAAAUUUUUCACUGCCUAACAGGCUGAGCAAUUUCAGAUUACAGAUCGUUUUAGGAAACUCUGGAAAAGAGCUGGGAUGCAUUAAAGUCAGCUUCUCAAUAGCAUCGGUACUGUACAACCGACACAAUGAACUGUAGCAAUCUUCUCUUUUCCUGGUUUUUGGCAAAGUGUCAAAAAAAAAGAGCCAAAUGUCCAGGACUAACCUUGAGAUGGUAUGGGUUCAGGAUUCAAACACUUGUAACCUCUACCGUUCCCAUCAUGAUUAAUGCACUAAUGUGAUUGCAGUGGCAAAAGAAGGCAAUUCAGUUACUGAUAA